UUUUAUUAUUUUAUUAUUUUUUAUUUUAUUUUUAUAACAUAUGCAGGCAGCACACGCAUGUAUUACUGUUUAUUAAUAUGAAAAUCAUACCAUACACCACACACAUUAAACUCAUUCUCGCAUAUAUAAUGCAUGCUCUUGUCUUGAAAUAUGAAAACCAAAAUCCCACUCCUUCACUUUAAUGCAAUGCCUCAGUUUUGAUCAACUUUCAUUUCUACACUUGUUUUGUUGAGAGUGUUCUUUAAUUGCUUUACUUUCUUUGUGUUGUGUUGCCAUUAAAAUGGGUGCAAGUUGCUCCAAAUUUUCAUUCUGCUGGUGGCACUCUAACCUCAAGCCCUCUGCUCUUCAGUCCUCUGAUCUGGAAAAUGCGGAGAAAAAUGAAUUGCCAUGCUUCAGAGAGUUCAGCUGGGAGGAGCUGAAAUCUGCUACAAAUGAUUUUUCUUCUGAAAACAUUGUUUCAGAGCAUGGAGAGAAGGCUCCCAAUGUAGUUUACAAAGGAUUGCUUGAAAAUUAUCAGUUGAUUGCUGUUAAGCGCUUCAAUAAGUCCGCUUGGCCUGAUUCUCGCCAAUUCCUUGAGGAGGCUAAGGCAGUGGGUAACCUGAGAAGUGAGCGACUGGCAAAUCUGAUAGGAUGUUGCUAUGAGGAAGAGGAGAGAUUGCUGGUGGCAGAGUUUAUGCCUAACGAAACUCUAGCAAAACAUUUAUUUCAUUGGGAGAAGCAGCCCAUGAAAUGGGCAAUGAGGUUGAGGGUGGCUUUGUAUUUAGCACAAGCUCUGGAGUACUGCAGUAGCCGAGGACGGGCAUUGUACCAUGAUCUUAAUGCUUACAGAGUCUUGUUUGAUAAGGAUGGGAAUCCUCGGCUCUCUUGCUUUGGCCUGAUGAAGAAUAGUCGAGAUGGCAAAAGUUACAGUACAAACUUAGCUUUCACUCCUCCAGAGUACUUGAGAACUGGAAGAGUGACUCCAGAAAGUGUAGUUUACAGCUUUGGAACUAUGCUGCUAGAUCUUCUAAGUGGCAAGCAUAUACCCCCAAGCCAUGCACUCGAUCUUAUUCGCGGCAAAAAUUUUCCGAUGCUCGUGGAUUCUUGUCUGGAGGGUCAUUUUUCAAAUGAUGACGGAACUGAGUUGGUGCGAUUAGCUACCCGUUGUUUGCAAUAUGAAGCACGAGACAGGCCAAAUGCUAAGAUUCUUGUCACUUCUCUUGUGUCUAUUCAGAAAGAAACUGAGGUUCCAUCUCAUGUUUUACUGGGCAUUUCACAUGGAAAUGCCAACUUGACGCCACAAUUAUUGUUGACGCCCAUGGGUGAAGCAUGCCAGAGAAUGGAUCUUACUGCCAUACAUGAAUUUCUUGAAAAUGCUGGGUACAAGGAUGACGAAGGAAUUGAAAAUGAGCUAUCUUUUCAAAUGUGGACAAAUCAGAUGCAGGAGACCUUGAAUUACAAGAAGCAAGGGGAUGCUGCUUUUCUAGCCAAGGAUUUCAUAACUGCGAUUGAUCGCUACACACAGUUCAUCGAUGGUGGGACUAUGGUAUCGCCGACUGUCUAUGCUCGUCGCUGCUUAUCUUAUUUGAUGAGCGAGAUGCCUAAUGAAGCUCUAGCAGAUGCUAUGCAAGCACUGGUGGUAACAUCGGAUUGGCCUACUGCUUUUUACCUUCAAGCAGCUUCCCUCUCUGCUCUUGGGAUGGAAAAUGAUGCCCAGCAAUCACUCAAUGAAGCCACAAACUUGGAAGCUAAUAGUAACAAAGAUUCAUAAUCUGAUAUAUUAUGUGUUUAGCCUUUUCUGAACUUCCCAUGUCAAUCAUCAAAGGAUUAUUUAUAACUGAUUGUCAUUUUUCACCUUAUUCUUCAUC